AGCCCCACUGCAUAUCGACUCCUGAUUUUUCCUCUCCUUCCCUACCACCUCUACCACGUCUUCCAUUGCCCUGGCUAGUGUCUCCGAGCUGCCCUAUGUCAAACCCAAUCGAUGAGAAUCACUUUAUCGCUCUGUUCGAGGGGAGCUUGGUUCCCUUGCGAGUUUGCCUCGUAGGCCUUACCUGGGGGUUACAUGAUUAUUUGAUCACCCUCCCAGACGAGAUUCGGUUUAUCUGGUCCCGAGAGUGGAACUUGAGCAAAAUCAUGUUCUUCUGGAUUCGGUACUACACCAUUGUGCUAUUGCUCUUUGACGUUGUCCAGAUCCACACUUUUUCGAUUCCUGGAAUCACCUCCGAUAACUUAUGUGUCGCCAUGGACAGUAUCAUAAGAGUUGUGGGAGCCCUUAGUCUGUGGUCCGUGGAAAUUAUCAUGCAGCUUCGCGUGUACGUAUUGUACAACUGUUCCAAGCGGAUUGCCAUCAUCAACUUCUUCCUAUUCCUAGCAUCCCUCGCAGGGUUUCUGGUGAUUCUAAUCCACAACGCUCAAAGACGAAGAGCUGUUAUUGCAGAUGCGGUUCAGUUGCCAUUACCAGGAUGUCCUAGUAUCCACACUGGAAUCGAAUGGGCGCAGUGGGUUCCCGCCACAGUUUUCGAAGGCGUUCUAGCCGGGUUUGCUUUAUAUAAAACACUCAAGUCGAGUACUGGGAGAUUUAGGGAUGGUAAGAGGAUCGGUUUGUAUGAGCUUCUGCUACGGGAUAAUUUGUUUUAUUUCUUUGGCGUUGCAAUUUUACUUAUAUUCAACAAUCUUAUGGUGGUCGGCGUUACUCACAUAAAAUGGUUUAGCUACGCGUUCGUAUUUUUUGACUUUCGCCUUUUUCAUCGAGGUCCUUUUCAUUCAUGGUAUUGACACCUUGCCGUUCGUUAUUUAGCCCGUUUCACGCGGCAAUAGGGAUUCUUACAACACGCAUGAUGUUGAAUCUCUUCAAAGUAUCCGAUCGGAAGGUCAUCAUGGGUAGUGGUAGCACUACUCACAUAUCUUCAUACUCACCUCAACGUGGCGAGAAUACAAGCCUAACUUGGCGUGCACCCGCCCCUUCAGGGUUUACUAGUACACAAACGCGGUGAUCAUCGGCAGGAUCUGAUACUUCGGACAGCCGGGUUUGAGGCCUUGAGGGCGAGUAUCGGUACGAAGGGAAGAAAAGGGGGACUUUCAGUGAAAGUUGUAUUUAGUGAUGUGCAGGCUCGGGCUUGGCCUGAAGCCCGGGCUUGGGCCUGUAAAUUCUCAAGCCCGAGCCCUGAGCCCAAGCUCCGGGCACUAAGCCCACGGCUUGGGCCUGGGCCCAGGCUUACUGUACAAAUUUUUAAAAGAAGUAUGGCUGUAAAAAUAUCAAAUUUUUAGUACAUUCUAUGAACCCAGAGCCACCUUCC